UGUUUGUAAAGUUCUCUCUACAUACUUCAACGGAAAAGACAAAAUGGAUGUUGUGCGUAAUAAGGAGGACUUUCUCGAUGAGAAUGAGCUCGUUCUUGCGGCACAAAAUGGAUUGGUUACGGAACUCUAUCAGACACAGAUGGAAGCCGCGAGGUACUUGCACUUAGGAAUGUUGAAACUAUGGAACCAUCCAAAGGUCGCUAAAGACGUCCGCAUGUCAGCUACAACUACAAGGAUGCUGCACCAAAAUACGGUUGGCCUCAUGACGAAAUUCAAAACAACAAGCCAGCUUGUGGUGCAGAAAAUUAUUCCCAUUAUCUUAAUAGGAGUUGAAAAGAAGGAUGAAGCAAUUAUCACGGCUUCACUGAAAAAGAUAGCGGACUUUGCAAGUGAUAUGCAGACAGAAACUACAAAAAUGAAGGAUAGAUACAACGAAGUAGUCCAUAAAGUGAAUGGAAGUAUUGGUGAUAUAGAAACAGAAAAUCAUGACAUAAGAGAGUCAACAAAAGAAAAACAAUGUCAGAUUGAACUUGAAAAGGGCAGGAGAGAAGAAACAGAACGUACUGUUAAAAUGCUAGAAAAAGACGUUGAAGAACAGAGCACAGAGUUAAAGGCUCUUGAAAAAGAAGGAAAAGAAGCCAGAGCUGAGCUAGUGGCAACGGCAGGGUCAAUGGGGAAACGUAAGGAGAGUAGCAAAGGAAAGGAUUUUCUUAAAGAUACAUUCAAUCCAAAGACGGUGACCGGCGGAACAGCUGGACAAGCUCUUAAAGUUGUAGAAGCAGGACUGGCUCUUGCAGAUGACAUAUUUCAACAUAUUAAACAGGGAAAAGAGUAUGCACUGAAGAAAGAUGCGCACGCAACUAUUGAAAAGGCGACACAAGAGCGGUCGCAGGAGUUGCUAAAGAGGAAACGAGAAAUGCAAGAACAACGUGAAAGAAGACUGCAACAGAUCCAUACAAUAAAAAUGUUGAACAUGAAGAUUGACGCUGGCAUUGGUGACAUGGAAAAUUUAAAGGAGGCAAUUCUACACUUGGGAAAGGUCCAAAGUAUUCUAAGUAAACUCAGUGAGUUUUGGGAAAAGAUGUCAAAUGUAAUAAAGGUCCUCCAGGCGAAUGACGAUAUAAACGACUUGCAUCUCCUGACUAUGAAGUACGAUCCAAGCGAUAUUCGAGAAGCUAUUGAAGAAUCAAAAACGUACUGGAAGAUGUUCGGCACAAUCUGUCACGGUUACGUGAGCUCGUCUCAAAAAGAAAUCGGCCCAAUGUAUGCUUUUCUGGAGAAGCCUCUUGACAGCUUGUCACCAGCUGAAAGAAUGGAGAAGACAAAGAAACUCAUUGAUUCGAUCGAGGAAGACAUAAAUCAAACAUAUCCAGCCAUCGAAUGUGCUACGUAGAGCAUCUUAGUACAUCAGAAUACAUCAACGACAUAAUAAAAUGAACUUUUAAUCAGUAUUUUAAAUAAAAGCAGUCAAACGGGAUGAACAACGUUUUCUUUAAGGCAAAAUUGUAUAAAGAUUUGGUACCAUUUAACAAUUGAUAUGAAGGUGUGAUUGACAGGAGACAAGAAAAUACUGAAAUACUUAAUAAUCCAGUUUAAAGCGACAACGUCUUUGUUAAAGGGAAUGAAUAAUUGCUAGAAUUACUCUGACUCCUUGCCAUUAAUAUAUUCAAUGUCUGACAAAUUCUGACAAAAGUUCGAAAGCUACUGAAAACCAGUUACCCUACAUAUGGCUUUCAAUUGACCCUCACAUAUCCGGCAAAUCGCCAUUUUCUUUUUGCUAAGAUAAAAUUCGAGUGCAUAAUUAUUUUGUAUCUGUGUUGGGUUUGUUAAAUUCUUAGUUUUCAAUAUCAAAGGCUUUAUGAAGUGAGGUGCGUUUUUAAAGGAAUAGAUUUGUUGAUACAAUUUGUUUGUUUUGUCAAUAAUAUGAUUAGUUUUAAGAGUAACCUUUUGAUUAAUUUGAUAAUGAUUAAUAAUUUGAAAACUCAUAUAAUGUUUCUAACAUUGUGUUUGUACGAGUAAAAUAAUUUGUUAGAAAACAACACAAAUCAAAGCCAUAAAUUAUAGAUGCGAAACAAUGGUCAUAGGAUACACUUAUUGCUAAGAUGAGCCCAUCUAUGAAUAGAUAAUGUUUAUCCACUUUCACAAUGCUAACGGUAGAAAAUGACUUUGUGUAAUAAUUGGUGAUGUAAUUGUGCGUUUUUAUUUGUAUCUUUUGUCUAAUGUAGAUAAAUACUAUUACUGCUAAUAAAUGUAUGAUUGUA